CUAGUGCCCAUCCCACUCUCGACUCGCAUGCGCCUGUGUUGUUUACAUGAAUGUCACGUAGUCCUCGUACUAAAACACGCAAUACAUUGACAUGUUGAGUGUUCCAUCAUGGAGGAUUCAGUAGAGGUUAUGCUUCUGCAUAAAAGUUGCAAGCUCUCCCAACAUACCCAAGAAAAGUCACUCUUCACAGCAGCAUCUGGAGCUUUGCUCAUGGGGGUUUAUGGGCUCUGGACAUUAUUUGCACUUCCUGGAUUUCGGAAAGUUCCCACAAGUCUUAAGGUGCCUUAUUUGCCCUCCAGCAGAACACAGACCCAGAAUGUAAUGAAACUCCUGCAUGGAAGAGCAGGAUGUCUGGCAGAUCUGGGAUCAGGUGAUGGGCGACUGAUGCUUUUGGUGGCUUUCUGCAGAUGACUACUUUCUGGUGAGAUGCUUAGCAACUGGGUGGGAGAGAAAACAUGGAAAAUGGAGCAAAA